AUGUCUAAUCCCAGCACAUCUGUCAUUGCUCUAACAAAUGUCAAGGCAACAAUGUAUAACGGAAGCUUAACCUUAACAAGUAGCAUGGCAACAUACCUAUAUAUCAAUCCGCCAAUUUCUGAAACCGAAACUCUUCUUCAAAGGUUUGGAACUGAAUUCCGUCCAAGGCUUAGUCCCACAGCAGUAACAACUACGCUACAACAACUCAAAAACUCAAAUUAUUCCGACAUUGUGGGGAAGAAAUUCGGAAAUGGGUGGUUCUGUAUAUCACAUGGAACUAUCAAUGAUCCAAAACUUCUUUACAAAGUUUCAGCUGUUGUCACAGACAACACAGACUCAAUGACAAUUUUUAUGUCAGAUGAAGCCACACAAACAUUGACAAAGGCUACCUCAGAAGAACUGAUCAACCGCAAUCUAAGUCAACCAAGGGAUAUCCUACCCCCAACAUUAGAGAGAUGCAAAGGAUCAACAAGAAAUUGGUUUAUACAAUGCACAAAUUUAUCAGCCACCAACAACAUCCGCUUCAUAAUCACCUCAACAAGUGAAACUGGAAAUCGAGAACCCAAGGUUGUCAUCCCCUCAAACACACCAGUUACACCAAUGACAACAACAGAACACAUUACGGUCACAACAAAAAAGUCGACACCUGUUGCAACAACACUCAAAUCCGAAAAACGGCUAACAUCUGAAGAUACUGAUGCCACUUAUGAACAACAACGACUAACAAAAGGGAAAUGCACAAGAAAGACAACAGCAAGGGCAACAAUCAAUCCAACAACAUAG